UCGAGCGCUUUCCUUAUGUCUUAUGACUUCAAAGACACGACAGUUUAUCUCGCUUUAACAUACUAGUGUCUGUAAAAUGAACGUCUUGAUGAAGUUGGUGAUCUUCGCCGUUUGCGUCUUUUUAGCUCUCUCAGAAUUGCAAGAAGUUAAGGCUCAGAACAUCAGCAACACAUCUACAUCGAAAUCCUUGGGGAGAAAUGAAACUAUUGAAACCACACUUUCUACACCCACAAGUUCUCACAACACGAAAGAAGUGAAUUCAACCUCAAGUCCAAAAAAUCAUCUUAACCAUACUAAUGUGGUAACAUUUAACCCUACCAGUGGUAGUUUUCACCCUACCAGUGGUGGUAUGGUUACUGAUGGUAUGCUUCAAAGGUCAUUAUAUGUGGUAUGGGGUAAUUCAUGGGGCAGCAUCCUCGGAACUACAGCCACUAGACAGAGAUGUUGAGGAGGAAGAAGAAGACUUGACACUGUUUGAUGUGAAAGAUGCAAAACGACCAUUGAAAUAGAUCACACUAAAAUUAUUGUAUUAAUUACCUCAGAGUAAAGUUAAGAGAUACAAACAUUUAGUAGCUAUCAAGGAGCCUUAGCAAUACAAGAAAUUGUCAUGCAUUCAACCCCUGUUUACUUGUUUGAUCUCAGUGCAGUAAAUCCAGGAAAAACUUUCAUCGUCCUAAUAACAGUUAAAUGUAGGAGGUAAUCCCAAUACAAUCUAUUAAAUGUCAAUUGGGGAUGAAAAACAGCCCUAUCUAUCCCUAUUGUAAGUAGGGAUGAAAUUAAUUCUUUAGAGAGUGGGGGUGCAUGGCACGGCACUGGGAACAGAUUUCCUCCCCCUUGCUUUGAAGUCCUCCUGCACAUAACUUGUUUAACCAUUCAGCAUUCCUUUAGGUGUGUAGGAGCAUAAGGAUGAAUUACUUACAGUGUCACCAUAUCUUAUUCAUUUUGAGUAGUUUUAUUUAUUUUAGUAAGUUAGAAAGUCUUAUAGUGUUACAGUGUUAACUUGGCUUAGUGGAAACCAUCUGGGUAUCAAGAAGAGUGUCCAUUCUAACACUUAAGUCAAAAUUUUUACUUAUCAACAUGUCUUAAUAUCUUAAUAGGACUCAUUGUUGAUUAUUAAUGGAAAAAUUUAGAAUUGCUUGUGACAAAUUAGUGACACCCACUAACUUAAGCCGCUUUUUAUGUACUAACAGGCAUUAUGAUAAUUUUGGAAAGAAUUGGGUACAAUAUCUAAAAGUUGAUAUUUGUAAGUAUUUGUUAUCCACACAUUAAUCUUUUAGGUGAUCCAAGAUAAUUAGAUGUAACAGUUUUUCAUGAACCACAGGAAACUUGCCAAGUUUAAAGAAUUGGGUAUAAUAUCUAAAAGUUGAUAUUUAUAAGCAACUGUUAUCCACACAUUAAUCUACCAGGUGAUCCUAGAUAAUUAAAUGUAAUGAUAUUUCAUGAACCACAUGAAAUUUUCUUUGCAGACACUUUUUCUUUGGUUUACUACUUGCUGAAAGGGGCAAAUAGCUCAUUGACAGAUUUUAAGUGACAGCACCUAAUCCAGCACUGGCAAAUAUAUAUAUUUACAGGUGAAGUAAAGAAGCAAAAUUUCAAAGAAAAUUCACUUGUGAGGUUUUA